GCCACCCCGUCCCCGCGCCCCAUCUCGCGGGCCGGCCGCUCGGCCUUCUAGGCGUCUCCGUCGGCGCGGCGGCGGGAGUGCCCAGGCGACCCGGCGACGGCGCGGCCACCAUGACGGGAAGCAACAUGUCGGACACCUUGGCCAACGCGGUGUGCCAGCGCUGCCAGGCCCGCUUCAGCCCCGCGGAGCGCGUCGUGCACGGCGGCGGGGAGCUGUACCACGAGCACUGCUUCGUGUGCGCCCAGUGCUUCCGGCCGUUCCCCGAGGGGCUCUUCUAUGAGUUUGAAGGCCGGAAGUACUGCGAACACGACUUCCAAAUGCUGUUUGCUCCAUGCUGUGGAUCCUGUGGUGAGUUCAUCACUGGCCGUGUCAUCAAGGCCAUGAACAACAACUGGCACCCGGGCUGCUUCCGCUGCGAGCUGUGUGACGUGGAGUUGGCUGACCUGGGCUUUGUGAAGAAUGCGGGCAGGCACCUCUGCAGGCCUUGCCACCACCGGGAGAAGGCCAAGGGCCUGGGCAAGUACGUCUGCCAGCGGUGCCACCUGGCCAUCGACGAGCAGCCGCUUGUGUUCAGGAACGACGCCUACCACGCCGACCACUUCAGCUGUGCCCACUGCGGCAAAGAGCUGACUGCUGAGGCCCGUGAGCUGAAGGGGGAGCUCUACUGCCUGCCUUGCCACGACAAGAUGGGUGUCCCCAUCUGUGGGGCCUGCCGUCGGCCCAUCGAGGGCCGUGUGGUCAACGCACUGGGCAAGCAGUGGCAUGUGGAGCACUUUGUCUGCGCCAAGUGUGAGAAGCCGUUCCUGGGACACCGGCACUACGAGAAGAAGGGGCUGGCCUACUGCGAGACCCACUACAACCAGCUCUUUGGGGAUGUCUGCUACAACUGCAGCCAUGUGAUCGAGGGCGACGUGGUGUCGGCCCUCAACAAGGCCUGGUGCGUGAGCUGCUUCUCCUGCUCCACCUGCAACAGCAAGCUCACCCUCAAGAACAAGUUUGUGGAGUUCGACAUGAAGCCCGUGUGCAAGAGGUGCUACGAGAAGUUCCCGCUGGAGCUGAAGAAGCGGCUGAAGAAGCUGUCGGAGCUGACCUCCCGCAAGGCCCAGCCCAAGGCUGUGGACCUCAACUCGGCCUGAAGGCCCUGCCCGCCCGCCCGACUGGGCUGCUCCUCCCCUGCUUGCUGCCUUUUCCUGGCCACCCGCUUCCACCCUCUGCUCUUGGACUCCUCACCUCAGUU